AUGAACGUCUUACUUGUCGCUUUGCUGUUUGCAGUAGUUAAUUGUGCUGAUGUCGGAACUCAAACAAAGGUAUUUCUUCUAGAAAAUAGAAAAAAAGCAUAACAUUAAUAUCAGGAUGCCUUUAUUCUGGCACAUAAGCAGCCACUGUCGACUUAUGCUGUGGAAAACAUGGAUCUCGUGCUCGAAUACGGUUUGUACAACGUUGGAGACAAGCCAGCACACAAGGUAGUGCAAAGUUCAAAUAUUUCAUUGAGAAAACAAAUAAUUUUACAGGUUACUCUUGAUGAUCGUCACUCCUUCCCAACCAACUCCUUCGAAAUCGUGAAGGGUCUUCUUCACGUUCACUUCGAAAACGUUCCAGCCAGAACUAACGUCACUCACUCGGUUGUCAUUCGCCCGAGAUCGUUCGGAUAUUUCAACUACACUAGUGCUCAAGUCACUUACUACACUGACAACGAAAACCUUCAUGUCACCUCUACCAAUGCUCCUGGAGAAGGUAAAACACCAGCGUUUGUACUUCUUACUCCAACUAAGACUUUUUCAGGAUAUAUCUACCGUCAGCGUGAAUACGACAGACGAUUUGCUCCGAAGUACACCUUCUUCAUUGUUUUCCUUGCUCUCAUUACCCCCACAACCCUCGGAUCUUUCAUUCUCUUCCAUCAAUCCAAAUCUCGUUUCCCAGCAGUUAUCAAGAAGAAAGCUAUUUAG